CUAUUUAAAAGAUGGUAGCUCUUAAAGAAAGUGGAAUGGACGGUCGUAGUUGUAAAUGUUUUUUGUGUUCUUUACUUACAUCAAACUACGUUGUUAUUUUUGUUUAAAACGAAAUUCCGCUUUACUGGCAACAAGUUAAUAAACAAAUGUGAUUAAACCAUUGGUUAGAAUGGAGCUGUCCAGCCAAGUAAACGAUAUCCUAACCAAAGUUAAACAUCUCCAGCGGCAAAGCGACGAUUCUAGUAGUUGUGGAAAAAUCGGGUUAUCAAAAGACUAUGAAGUCCUUUUAUUACAAGAUGAUGAUUUUAUCAAUGUCGAAGAAAUGGAUUUCUCAAACGACGAAACAUGGUUAUAUGAAGCAACAAUAAAAUCAGAAAAAUCUGAUAUAACGAAAUGGUUAAAUGAAGCUGUACAAAAACCCGCCCAAUCUGAAUUGUUAGAUAAAAAAUUUUUAGAUACGCGAACGUAUACGCGUCCAAAAAAACGUUUCCUAAGACCUAGUAUAGAACAAUUUAACGAACAGUAUUCAGAGGCUGUAAAAUAUGAUGAUACCCUCCAAGAAACAUAUUAUCAUCCUUCCGGAGCAAUAACAUCAAAUAUAAUUGAUACAACAAAACCAUUAUAUUUUGAUUUAUCACAACCGGCUUCUUGCACAAUUUUUGAUAACAUAAUGAGUUCUUCAUUAAAUGUGGACAGUUUUCAAAAUAUGUCGCCACCGAGUCUUAUCAAUUCGAUGUGUUCAUCGACGUUUACGAAUUUAAUGGAAAAUAGUUACAUUAAAAAUGAUCCGGUUUUAAGAGAGAUAAGAGAUGCGGAUUAUUCGGGUGAAGUUUUCUUAAACCACAGUGGUGAAGAAAUAUUUAUGCAAAAGUCGAUUUCGGAAAGCUGUAGCAGUUUAAAUUCGGAUAGUGCCGAAAAUUUCCUCAAACGCACUUUACCGACUCUUCCGAAUUAUCACGCCACGGUUACGAAUGACUUUACAAUUUCCAAUUCGGAUAUGAGCGAUACUACGGUUAUAAUGAGAGAAAGCAGUGACGAUACUUUGAUUAAUUCGUCCAACAAUUUGAACGCUUCGAAUAUUAUUGAGGGUAAUAACAUGAAUAAUACUUUUAAGAAGAAUAUUACUAAGGAAUUGAGUUGCGAUAUGAGCUCGUCUAGUAAUUCUGACAUACAGAAUAACUUAGAUGUGCCAAACGGAAUUAAUAAAAUGUUAGAAGAAGAGGAAUUGAUUAAAAAACGAUUUUUGGAAAGUAAAAUUGCAACCAACGAAUCAGAAUCGCCUAAUAUUGUUUAUAAUAGUACUAAAACCGAACCCUCAAAACUUUCCCUAGGUUCAUUUUGUUUAGUAUUAAUGCACCUCUAUAAGCUAUUCACGUCCUUUUUACACUCAUUCAAGGGCUCAUCAAAAAACAACGAACCAACAUUCGACCAUGCUCAUUCAGAAAAUAUCGACCCCAACACAACAUUUAAUUUACAACAACCACCAGUAACAACAACGAAAUUAAAAUCGAGCGAAACGUUUCGGACUACACCAAAAUCAACUCAAAAUAUGUAUGGGACUUAUAAAAAAUUACCGGGGCGAUUUAAUAAUGUUACGACGGCUUGUUUAAAUGAAACGAUUUCUUUAGAUGAUCCAUUAGACGAUGUUAAAGAUAGAAGUUAUAUAAUUACGGCGGAUCGCGAUGACGAAAAUGAAGAAAAAGACGAAUUAUUAGAUCGGAUGGUCAAUAUUAAACGAUUUUCCGGAGGAUUCGUUUCCGGAUCUAAUGAUAGUUUGGAACACGGAAGUAGUCGAUCAAAUAGUAGUGGUGGUUCUAGUCGCGUUUUAAACAUGGCCGAAGUCGAUGCUAUUGUUGAAUUUCAAGAAAGAAGUCUACCAAUUAUGUCUACACCAAAACCCUCAACAUCAAUGUCAAAACUUUUCCAUCACGAUAUUUCUCCAAUUUUUCGCCAAAAAGAGCACGUUUCCGACUCGGAUUUAUCCUCAACUGAAGACUAUUUAACGAGUAGAUCUACGCUUUCAAAAUCAUCAGGACAUUCUGAUCGGCCGUUAAAGUCACCAGAACGUCCCGUUAAAAGCAUGCACAAUUUAAAACAAAUCGCCGAACCAAAAGCGGAAAUGCAACCUCGUUGGGCGUAUAUUCCUCGCGUUCCUGGACGAGGUUUUACGGGAUCAGCGAGUAAUUUGAGGAUGCCUGAACCGGUUUUGCAUGGUUCACGAAGUAAUUUGACCACCAUUCGACCCGUUUUGAAAGGAUCUUAUACUAAUUUAAGGCCAGUAAGUCAAAAUUUACCGGUUAUUACGUCUGAUCCGCCCAGUUUAAAUAAUACUCAAACUUUCAACAGAAACGAUCAGGGUUUUAAAGUCCCUGCUCUUCCUGCCUCAAGACAAAGUAGUGCUCCUGUUAAUAUUGAAAAACCUCAAGCUAGAAUUAGUGGUUUGCCAAGACCUGUUACAGGUAUUCCUAGACCUGCAUCAAGAAUUCCAGGACCUAGAAGUACCAGACCUCAAGUACAACGUGGAGGUUCUCAACCAGUUAGCAAAGUAAACCUGAACCAAGGAAACUACUGACAAAGACCUUGGAAGUGCGUAAAAAGAACCUUAGUGCCUUACAAUGAUUCGGUCCUAAAUACGAUUGAAAAACGAAAAAAUGCUCUAAAGAAAAAUGAAAAGAUAUACGUUUAUCAUUUAAUUGUCAUAUCAUUAACUUGUAUCCUAUACAAUGUAACUUGUGUUUAACUUG